AUGACAGUGUUUGAAAAAAGCAGAAUAAAUGCUUUAUUACCAUUAUGGAAUUAUAAAAUAAAAAGUAAUUGUUAUAAUUAUAUAGAAAGAAAAGUCAUUUUCCCUUCAUUUUCGAAGGCAUGGCAGUUUAUGAAUGAUAUACGCGAGCAAAAUGAAAAGAUGAAUCAUCAUUGUAAAUACGUAAACAAUUAUACGAAAGUGAAGAUAAAAAUAUAUACACACACAACAAAGGAUGUAACAGAUAAAGAUGUACAACUUGCUAUUAUUAUUGAUAGCACAUUAAAGCAGUAUGACCAUAAAAUAAUGAAAAAAUAA